GGGAUUGUGAAGCUUGUGUUUUGUUGGUCUGGGACUAGGUCAGAAUCGAUAGGGACCACACUAAGUCACAAUGGGUGAUAAAAGUUGGCUAAACACCAUCAAGAAGUUGAAUGACAAAAAUUACAGCAUGUGGCAAACAUGCAUUGAAACUUACCUGGAGAGCCAAGACUUGCUGAAGAUUGUGAAAGGCAACGAGGUUGCGCUGCCACUAGACAUCAAUGCUGCUGCAUACAAGAAAUGGAAAAUCAAGAAGCACAGGGAAAGUAAGCAAUUGAAGGAGCAUAGAAAACCGAGGAAGAAGCACUCUUCAAUGGACAAGGUUGAGGAAGAGGCAAGGGGAGCUCAAGAAGGCCAAGAGGUCGAAAGUAGUAGCUCCAACAAUUACAGGAGAUGUAAUGAUCUAUGUUUUAAUUGUGGAAAGAGAGGUCACUUUGCAAGAGACUACAGAUACAAAAAGGGCUCAGUGCAGGGAAAUGUUGCUACCUCAAGAGAGGAAGAGAAUCACAAUGAAAAAGAAUGGGACAUGGAGGCUUCUUGUGCAACAGUGGAGAUAGAAGUCGAAGUUAAGGCCAACCAAGUGGCUUUGUCAGCUUCCAACCAAAGUAAAGUUGACUACAGCAAAAAUUGGAUAAUUGACUCUAGAGCUGCUAGUCGCAUGACAGGAGAUGAGAAAAAGCUAUUGAACUUGUCAGAAUACAAAGGAAACAGAGUGGUAGUCACAACAGAUGAUACUCGGCUUUCAAUCAAGCAAAUUGGAGAUGCAAUUGAAGGCACAUUGAUCAUGAAAGGAGAAAAGAAGAAUUCUGUUUAUGUGAUGUCUGCUGAAAUAACAUAUGUGGACAGGACUAGCAAGAAUGAUACUGCUAACUUGUGGCAUGCACGUCUUGGGCAUGAUUCCAAGUUCAAGGGCAAGGAACCACUGCAGCUAGUACACUUGGAUGUCUUUGGUAAAGUCAAACAAUCAUCAAUUGGUGGAGCACAUUACAUGGUGACAUUUAUUGAUGACUACUUGAGAAACGUUGUGUUUGAUGAAGCAUCUUCUUGGUGGUCUCCACAAGAGGUAGUGUUGCCAGAUUUCAAGGAGUUGGAAGAAAAAGUACAAGAAAAACUUGGAGAGGAUACUUGCAGGCUGUUGGAUACUCAAGAAGUUGUAGAGAAGGAAAAGGAGAUAACUCUUGAAAGAACAGUGAGUCCAUGGCAAACAGGGGUACAAGAGCCCAUGACCGAAGAAACAAGACAAGGUGAAGUAGAAGAAGCAGAACAACAGCCUGAGCAGCAGCCAAGAUGCUCCACUCGAGAGCGAAAGCCAAAUCCCAAGUAUGUUAAUAUUGCUCUUAUUGAAGCAAGUCCGCAAAAGUAUGCAUCAGACUUAUUAAAGAAGUUUGGGAUGCUUGAGUGCAAGCCAAUCUCAACUCCAAUGGAGAUGAAUGCCAGACACUGCUCCUAUAAAGGGAAGGACUUAACAAGUGCCACCAUGUACCAGCAACUCGUCGAAAGCUUAAUCUAUCUGACUUUAUCAAGGUCGGAUAUGUCAUUUGCAGUAGGAGUGGUGAGCAAAUUUAUGCAAAAUCCUAAAAAGCCACACUUGGAAGCAGUACACCGAAUUCUUAGGUAUGUCAAAAGAACACUGGAUUAUGGCAUAUUAUACAAGAGUGGCACAAAGUGUAAGGUGCUUGGCUAUUGUGAAGCUGAUUAUGUUGGAUGUCAUGAUACAAAGAGAUCCACUACUGGUUAUGUGUUUAAUUUGGGAUCUAGAGUGAUCUCAUGGUGCAGCAAGAGACAACCUACUAUUUCUUUAUCAACCACUGAGGUAGAGUAUAGAGCAGCAGCUGUGGAGAUAGAAAUGCAAGCUAAAACAACAGAUGAGCAAGCUGCAGAUAUAUUCACAAAAGGACUCAACGUUGGAAAGCUUGAAAAGUUUCGCAAGCAGCUUGGGAUGAUGCCAGGAAGCAAAGUCGGUGCUGAGGGGGAGUGUUAAAAUAUUCAUCACUGACUUGAGAUCUAAAAGGUGAUGAAGUAAAAGUUUUCUAGAAGCAAAAGUUUUCUAGAAGCAUAUAUUUUACUAUAAAGUAACUUGAAGCCACACAAGAAUAUAUGAUGGAGAGAAAGCCAUGUUAGUUGUGUGUCUAGAUUUUUGUAUGUAUGGUAAAUUAAAAUAUUGUAAACAAA